CUCGUUCAAAGAACCUGGACUAAUUUUGGAUUUCUUAUUCUUACUCUCCUAUUAUUCCUCAAUACUGUAAUAUUUAUGCACAUAAAUAUUUUUUAUAUCAUCAGUUCUCACCAAAAACCAAACCGUUAAAGUUGAGGAAGGUGGAGAAUUGGAAAUGUGGGCACUCUGUAUGGCAUCCAUAAAAAAGCUUGUAUUGACCAAAAAAGGUGGGGAAACAGAGUUCUCUUCCGAUGAGUAAUCGUAUAAGUAACGAUAUGGGAGCAGACAAUACAGAUAGUACAAGUUUGCAUUCAUUGCCUCAUGGUCCAGAAGAAUUACCAUAUAUUCACAAGGUGGGCGUACCUCCAAAGCCAAAACUACUGAAGGAAAUCACAGAUACUUUGAAAGAAACGUUCUUGCCAGAUGAUCCAUUACGUCCAUUCAAGAAACAACCACGAAGGAGAAAGUUCGUCCUCGGCCUUCAAACUCUAUUCCCCAUACUUGAAUGGGGAAAAGACUACAAUCUUUCAAAGUUUAAAGGUGAUCUUAUUGCUGGGCUCACCAUUGCAAGUCUCUGCAUUCCGCAGGAUAUCGGCUACUCGAAACUAGCACAUUUGGAUCCACAAUUUGGAUUAUAUAGUAGCUUCAUUCCACCUCUUAUAUAUGCCUUCAUGGGUAGUUCAAGAGAUAUUGCCAUAGGACCGGUGGCAGUGGUCUCUCUCUUGCUGGGCACUUUGCUACAAGACGAGCUUGAUCCUGUUAAAAACAAACUUGAAUAUCAGCGCCUUGCAUUCACAGCGACAUUCUUUGCUGGUGUCACUCAAGCCACGCUUGGUUUUUUCAGACUGGGUUUCUUGAUUGACUUCCUAUCGCAUGCUGCUAUUGUGGGGUUCAUGGCUGGAGCUGCCAUUACAAUUGCACUUCAACAACUUAAAGGUUUGCUUGGCAUUAGGAAAUUUACAACAAAGACUGAUAUUGUAUCUGUUAUGAAAUCAGUGUUUGGGGCAGUACAUCAUGGGUGGAACUGGCAGACAAUAGUGAUCGGAGUAUCCUUCCUAGUGUUCCUUUUGUUCGCCAAGUACAUCGGAAAGAAGAACAAGAAGCUAUUCUGGGUGCCUGCAAUUGCUCCAUUACUUUCUGUCAUCAUCUCGACCUUCUUUGUGUACAUCACCCAUGCCGAAAAGGAUGGUGUUCAAAUUGUCAGACAUAUCAAAAAAGGUGUCAAUCCAUCAUCUGUGGAUCAAAUAUAUUUUACUGGUGACUAUCUGCUCAAAGGUUUCAGAAUAGGUGUUGUGGCAGGCAUGAUAGCUCUUACUGAAGCCGUUGCAAUUGGAAGAACAUUUGCAUCUAUGAAAGACUAUCAGAUAGAUGGAAACAAAGAAAUGGUGGCACUAGGGACAAUGAACAUUGUGGGCUCGAUGACAUCCUGUUAUGUUGCUACAGGUUCCUUUUCUCGCUCAGCAGUGAAUUACAUGGCAGGCUGUUGUUCAGCAGUCUCCAACAUUGUGAUGUCUGCUGUUGUACUACUAACUCUGGUAGUAAUAACACCAUUGUUUUACUACACUCCGAAUGCCAUCCUCGCCUCCAUCAUUAUAUCUGCAGUUCUCGGACUUAUAGACUUGGAUGCUGUAAUUCUAAUCUGGAAGAUCGAUAAAUUUGACUUUGUUGCCUGCAUGGGAGCGUUCUUUGGAGUAGUUUUUGCUUCAGUUGAAGUUGGUCUCUUGAUUGCGGUAGCUAUUUCCUUUGCCAAAAUUCUGUUACAAGUGACCAGGCCACGGACAGCAGCACUCGGGAAGAUUCCCAGGACUAGUGUUUACCGAAACAUGCAGCAAUAUCCUGAUGCAACAAGAAUUCCGGGUGUUCUGAUAAUCAGAGUUGAUUCCGCAAUUUACUUCUCCAACUCCAACUAUAUCAAGGAGAGGAUUUUGAGAUGGUUACUGGACGAGGAAGAAAUGCUGGCGGAACACAAACAGCCUAGUGUCCAAAAUUUAGUACUUGACAUGUCACCUGUUACCGACAUAGACACUAGUGGUAUUCAUGCCUUGGAAGAACUGUAUAGGAGCCUUCAGAAGAAGUCUAUUCAGCUCAAUCUAGCAAAUCCAGGGCAAGUUGUACUCGACAAAUUACAUGCGUCUGAGUUUGCAGCCUUGAUCGGAGAGGACAACAUCUUCCUCAGAGUUGCCGAUGCAAUUGUUAUGUGUGCUCCCAAGUUCGAGCAAGUUUGAAUUUACUUGUAUCAAUUUAUACCCCAUAUUAUAUGAUCAUCAAGUGAUCAGUACAUUUUGACAUUUGCUUGAUAAAUGAUCCAAGUCCUCUGCACCUGCUGUACUUAUGUGCCCCUUGCGGUGAAUAUUAAUAAUAUUCUCACAAAGAAGUUGCUGCUUUA